UAGUUUCUUUAAAUCCAAUCCCUUCAACCUUAAGCCAAACCCCUCUCUUUCUCUCUCCGACUCUUUCUAUUACACAUAUGCAAACUCACGAGAUGGACGUUUGUUCACCAGCCACGACCAAGAAGCUCUCAAGACUCGCGAAGCUAAUCCUCUACACCAUCCAGAAGGUCUCAGACGCCUCACGUCACAAACUCCAAACAACCCUCGACCCACAACUACUCGCGAAACGUGGCAAGACCCUACGCAAAUCCUUAAACGAAGCCGUUUCAACUUCCCACUCCCACAUCACUUGCCGUCCCUCCGACCACGACGAUGUCCGAUCCUCCUUCAUCUCGCCUGUACCCCUCCAGCUCGACUACGAAUUCAGCUGCAGCAGCACCCCACCGAGACGUUCCUACGCCUCGACCACCACCGACGGACGACGCAGUGGGUCUCGCAAACCGCUUAUCAACAAACGCCAACGCCACGCGUAUAUCCGAUACAACACGCUGCCUAAGGUUCCUCGGGAACGACACGGUGCAGCGGCCGUGUUUCCCGACGUAGCUAGCAGCGUCGGAACCAUGGAUAGCUGCCACGUGGAUAGAGCGGCGGAGGAGUUUAUACAGAGGUUCCAUAGAGAGCUGAGGUUGCAGAGGUGGAUGAUGGCUCAGGAGGUUUAAACACAUGUUUAGCGUCACUUUCGUUACACGGAUGAUAUGAGAAAAAAAUACUGUAAUAUGUAACUUUAGUUGUCUUGUUUUUUUUUUUUUUUUUUUUAUAGUUGUUUUGACUUUUUAAUUUCCCCCUGUGGUAAAUA